UUAUAAAAUUGUUUUUUUUUUUUUUUUAAAUUUAAUUAUAUUGUAAACUUUGUGAUUGUUUGGUGAAAAAUAAUAAAUUAAUGUAUUUAUAAAUAAAGUGAUAUAGUUGGAUGUUACAAUGAUCAUAGUGCAAUGAAUUGAGUUGGAUAUUUUUAUGACACUUUAGUAUUAUCAUAAAAAAAAAAUAUAAUCUGUAUUAUUAUUUUCAUAACUUUGUUUAUUUUCUUGUUGCUAUAUUUAUUAUUGAUAGUAGAAUAUAAAUUGUGAAAAUGUGUUAAUUAAACUGUGAUGGAUAAUGUGUUGAAUAAAUUUCAAUGAAUUAAAAUUUAAAAAAAAAUUAAAUUAAAAGUUGGAUUUUAUGACUGAAAUAUAAAUAUUAUUGUGCAAUAUAAUUUUAAAAAAAUUUAUCAACUUUUUUUUAUAAAAACAUUGAUUUUAUUUUUUUAAUUUUCGUGAAUAUUUUGUGUUGUAAAAAAUUGAAAUAUCAGAAAAAGCUUUGUAAUAUAUAUUGACACGAAAAAAAAAAAAAGAUUAAAACUUCAAUUAUUUUUUAAAUAAAAUUGUUAAAAACGCGUGGAAAAGUGAUUGAUUGUUUGGGGGCCGCCGGCGACGGUGGCGAAAGUGAAAAAAAUUAUAUCGGAAAGCCGCUACCAUAUGCCCCUACUGCAAGUGCAGUAGAGGCGGUGGUGGCGCAAGAGAUACAAGUUGAGGUCGACCAGGUCAAGAUGGAAGCUGAGGACCACCUUGCUAGAGAAUACGUCCAGGAGUUCGUCCUCGAUCAUCUCGAUCCCGCCGAUGUUAAGCGCGAGGUGCGAUUAGGUUCACCGGCUGUUAUUGCAAACGGUAAUAUACCAACACAAGUACCAAAUAUGAAUUUGGGCCCAUUAACACCACCGGCCCAUGAAUUAGAACAACCACAUCCAUUAUAUGGACAACCACAUAUACAAGUACAACAUGGUGUACUUGUUAAAGCACCACCAGGUGGUAUAUCAACACAUUUAACAACUUUAUCACAUCCGGGUACACCACCAGACACACCACCAGUAUCAGCAUCACCACCACCACAAUUACAUCAUCGUAAUGAACGUGAUAUACGUGAAAAAAGUAGUUUAUUAUUAUUACAACAACAACAACAACAACAACAACAGCCCCAUCAACCAAUAAUACCACAAGAUGAUAUGCAAAUACCAACAAAUGGAAUGGGAUGGUUAACACAAUCAUUGAGACAAGAACCACUUGAUUUACGACCACAUUGUCCACAAGAUCAAACACCAGAACCACCACCUCCACCACCAGAAAAUUGGUCAUCACCUCAUCCACAAUUUCAACAACAAAUGCAAUUUUUACCAAGGCAUAUCAGACAUGGAGGUGGUUAUAUCACAAUGGCAAGUCAUCUUGAUUGUUAUGGUGGUCCAGGUGAAUCAAAUGGAAUGUUACAAUCAAAUAAUGGUUUAUUGUCAAUGGAUGAUGAUAGUUUACAACCAGGUGGUCCAAUGCAACCAACACGACCAGUCAGUGUUUGUUCAUCAAAUUCUUGCAGUGGUAUGGGAUCUAUGAUACAAUUACAACGACAAUCAAGUGGAAGUGAUUAUAAAUACAAUGGUAGUAAUAAUCAAGAUGAACUUAUGGAUGAUGAAGUUCUCAUGUCAUUAUCUGUUCGUGAACUAAAUAAACGUCUUCAUGGCUGUCCCCGGGAGGAGGUAAGUAAGAUUGUGCGGCUGAAGCAGAAGCGACGGACCUUAAAAAAUCGUGGAUAUGCACAAAAUUGUCGAAGUAAACGUUUACAACAACGUCAUGAUUUGGAAUCAACAAAUAGAAGUUUAAAAGCUGAAUUACAUCAAGCACAAUUGAGUAAUGCACAAUUGGCACAAGAACGUGAUAUGUAUAAACAACGAUAUGAAAUAUUACGAGCAAGAUGUAAUCAACACCAUAGUAAUCAUAAUCAUAGUCAUCAUCAGGGACAAGGAAAUCAACAGUCGGCAGCUCAACAGCAGCAACAACAACAACAUCAGGGACCAGGUCAACAACAUCAACCAGCACCAGCUAGUCCUGAAGUUUAUCUGUGACAUCGGCAGCGCCGAAGUGGUGCUUGCUGGACGUAAAUCUAAUUUAUUAUAUUAAUUUCAAAAAAUACUUUUAUUUUAAUUAUCAUUUUUUAGUGAUAAAAUUAAAAAAAAUUAUUUCAAGUUAAAAAAUAAAAAAACAAUAAUUGCAAUCAAAACUUAACUUGAAAUAUUUUUAAAUAUCUUAAUCAUUUAGUUUUUAUUUUUUUUUUUUAUUUUUCAUUUGGUAGCAGCUUGCAAUGGUUUUCAGAAAAUAACUGAAAAUUAGAUGUAUAUAUAUAUCAAAUUAUCGACCAGCAUAAUAUUUUUUUUUUUCCAUGUGAUUGACAUUAUAAAUAGUUAUUAAUUCAUUCAUUUUUAAUAACCACACAUUUAUGGCUUUUUAUAUAUUUUAAUUAUUUUUUUAAUUUUAAAAUCAUUUUUGAAAUGAAGCAACAAAUAGUAUCUCUAUUGAGUGAAUUGUAGUUUAAUUUUUUUAUAAUUACACCAAAUAUUAAAAACCAAAGAACGAUGGUAUACGAAUUUUUAGAAAUUUAAAAAACCUCAAUAACACAAAAAAAAUGAUCAUUUAAUUUGAAUAAUUAUUGCACAGUGAAACCAAAAAAAAAAAAAAUAUAUCUAUUCGGUUGUUUCUGUACCUGGGACAAUUGGAAAAACAAUUUUUUCUUUUUUCUUUUUGUUAAAUACUUUGCUCAUGGAAAUAAUGAUCUUGCAAAUUGCAAUUAAUAAAUGACAUUGUUAAAAAUGUUAAUAAAUGUAGCAUAAAAUUGUUUAAAUCAAAUAAAACCAAGGUGUUAAUUAUUAAUGAUAAAAAUAUUAUUAUUUAAUUGAAAAAAAUAAAUUAAUUUUUGUCAA